CAUGCGUUCACCAAGAUGGCGGUUAGGUUAUCACUGUUCAGUGAGCAAGGCUCUUUCAUAGCUGCGCCAUAUUAAAAAACUCUGAAAUAUCUCUUUAAUUUUAUACUUAGUGAAAGAAUUGCAAUUUGCGCUAGAAACUGUCCGUCUAUUUUGUUAAUUUUAUUAAAGUGAAUUUGAUAGACUGCGCGCGUGAAUUUGACGAUUUUGGGAAGUGAAUUAUGGGUAACGGCGACGACGCGAGUGCCUUUGACGUUUGCGAACCAUAUUGAAAGGCAUUUGGAGAAGUUUCGUUGUCAAAGAAAGAUUCAGUAGUGUUUUUCGGUGAACCAUGGUAUCGAGACGGAAGAUCCUGUCUCGAUCGAGGGACAAUCUGGUUGAAUCUCAAUACGAGGAUCAAGAUGAAGAGGAUGUAUGGUACAACCUCGAUAAACUUUACAAGGAUCAUAUACAAGAGGUACUGGACAAAUGGAACCAAAUAGACGACGAAAUUUGGGCCAAGGUAAUCGUCUUCGAAAGGAAUCGAAGGGUAGCAAAAGCAUACGCAAGGGCACCUGUUCUCACGAUUAAUGGAUCCAACGAUGGUUUCGAUGGCUUUAGGAUAGGAUUAUGUGGUUUUGAAAAUCCAAUGAGAGAUACAAAAACGGAGGAGGCCAAAAAGCACAUAAAUCAAGGUGUAAAGAUCAAAAUGGAUGAGCAAGGGAAUAUCUUAAUAAAGAGGUUGUGUAAAAAUAACGUUUACAUUAAAUCGACCAGUCAGGAAGACAACGCAAUUGGAGCAGAAAUUGCACGAAAUUCUCAAGGAGCAUUAGAACACGAGAAACCGGGGAAAGUAUUUGAUAUGAAUAAAUUUCAAACAAAUCUUUCAAGAGAAACAAGAAGAGCAUACCCUGACAGAAGAAGAUUGGAAAUGCAGUGUUUGAGUGCGAUUGUAUUUGUCAGAACUGAACCAGAUCUUCUACAGUGUCCUGUUUGGGUUCUCAUUGUAAAUGUUGUUGGUUUGGACAUGUUGAAGUCUAAGUUACCACCAGUUUUAGCGUUACAAAGGCCGGUGGAUAUUAAAAACCGUCCCAGGAUACCGAUUCCUGACGAAGAUCCCUACAGCGUAGCUGGGGUCUCAUCCUCCAUUGGAGUAUCUGAACCAUUUCCUCACGAUCGAGAAGCUAGAGAACAGAUUUAUGCUCAGUCGAGCAGCUGUAGACCAAGAAGAGCCGAAAGACCACCAAAACUGCCACCAAGAGAGAAUCUCUAUAGUCAUGAUAUACCUAAACCUGAUUACGAUGAUAUAGAGGACGAUUAUGCCAGGAAACCCGUAAUAACGAAUGAAGAUAAAAGAAGUAGGAACGAUGACAAGAAGAAAUACGACGAUCCGUAUUAUUGCGGAUUACGAGCUCGUGUUCCUAACUUUGUAAAAAUGGCGAAAAAUAGUAAAGUCUCGACAAGAGGAUACGCUAGACCUCCUCAAGCACCUGGAUAUGCUGCUAGCGGAUACGCGAGCAGCCAAUCCUCUCAAAUUUAUGGCCAUUUACCUGGGAAUCGUCCUCCAAUUAUGUAUCAUGCGCGCAGUUUCGAAAGUGGACUUGGUACUGGAACGUUUUUAUUCAGAUAGCAGAAACGAAUCACCAUAUAAUCAUAUAUAUGGAAGAUUUCCCGUACCAACCAGAGGUGUAAUUCCUCCUCCUACACCUAGAGCAAUGUAUAUUGGAGAAUGGGAUUAAAAAUAAAGAAAACUAACAAAAGAGGAAAUUAACGUAUAAACAAAGUGAACGUGUGAAAAAAGAAAGGCGAUAUCAUCAAAUAAGCAUAUAAGGAAAGAAAAGCAGACAUAGUAGAAGUGUGUACACCAGAUGAAGAUAUGUGUAAAUUAUAAGCACAAUAAAAUAAAGACUAUGUGCGAAAAGCUAAUAAUUAAGAAUAGAAAUACUAAAACGCGAGAGAAGAAAUAGAAAAAGGGAGAAUUGUUCUUCCAUUUGUACCUAUAAACUGUAUAUUGUUAAUGUACUACUUGAAAUACUCAAAUUUUUAUUGCAAUAAAAUUGUAGAACAAUG